AUGGAGACAGAUGGAGGAGGCUGGAUCGUGUUCCAGAGGAGACAAGAUUGCUCAGUUGACUUUUAUCGUAACUGGACUGAAUACCAAUCUGGGUUUGGUGAUCUACAGAAUGAGUUGUGGCUGGGGAAUGACAUCCUGCGUGACCUUAUUGGAUCAGGUCAAUGGCAACUCAGAGUAGAUAUGGAAGAUUGGCAGUCCAACACAUCGUGGGCUUCUUAUGGUGAAUUUGCUGUUACAGGUGACAAGUACACUCUCCAGGUUGGUUCAUAUGAUGCUCAGAGUCCAGCAGGUGAUUCAAUGGCAUGGCAUGAUGGCCAAUCAUUCACAACGAAGGAUCAAGACAAUGAUGCAGGGUCUGGUUACAAUUGUGCCGAGCGAUAUGAAGGUGCCUGGUGGUUUAAGGAUUGCUUUCAAGCUCAUCUGAACGGUAAAUACUAUCCACAGGGAGAGGUUUACUUGUCAGAGGGAAUACAAUGGUACAGCUGGAAAGGAUAUUACUACUCCCUGAAGAAAUGCAGCAUGAAAAUACGGCAAGUUUUGUAA